AUGAAUCUAGUGGAAAUUGACGAAGUUUCUGUAAUAGCAGCUAUUCUCGGCGGCUUUAUCGUAAUAUUUGGGUUUGUGUCUCUACUUAUCAAGGAGCGUUUGUAUUUAUCAGAAGCGCUUGUUUCAGCUUUAGUAGGGAUUAUUGUGGGUCCGGUUGCAUUGAGAAUACUUGUACCAGAAAGAUGGAGCGAUCAAGAGCAACUUGCAAAAAUUACAAUGCAAUUUACUCGAAUCGUUGUCGCGAUCCAGGUCAUGGCCGCCGGAAUUUCUUUGCCAAAGGGCUACCUCAUAAAGGAGGCAAAAUCGAUAUUUUGUUUACUUGUUCCUGUGAUGGGAUAUAUGUGGAUUGCCUCAGGUCUUUUUAUCUGGCUGCUUAUACCCAGUAUUAAUUUUUUGGAAGCAUUAGUGAUUUCCGCGAGUGUAACUCCCACAGAUCCUAUACUUGCAAACUCCGUUGUUAAAGGUAAAUUCGCCGAAAAGCACGUGCCACCUCAUGUGCGUAAUGUUCUAUCCGCAGAAAGUGGCGCAAAUGAUGGCUUCAAUGUUCCAUUCUUAUUUAUAGCUAUUUAUCUAAUGACAGAAAAGACCGGAGAUGCUAUUGCUAAAUGGAUUUACGUUGUUUGGAUUUACAAAAUACUUCUAUCUUGUUUAAUUGGAUUGGUUGUCGGAUAUGUUGCGCGUAAAUUACUGUAUUUGGCCGAAACUAAACGGCUUAUAGAUAAAGAGUCUUUUCUAGCGUUUGCGAUUGCAUUAACAUUAUUUUUGCUGGGUACUGUCUCGAUAAUCGGAAGUAAUGAAGUGCUUGCUUGUUUUAUCGCGGGUAAUUCAGUAACUUGGGACGAUUGGUUUCGUAAGGAGACCGAAGAAUCUCAUUUUCAAGAAGUUAUCGACAUGCUUCUCAAUAUGGCAGUAUUCGUAUAUGUUGGUGUGACGAUACCGUGGUCAUCUUUUUCCGAUCCCGCCUUAGGUCUUGCACCAUGGCGCUUAAUUGUUCUCGGUGUUCUUAUUCUUUUGUUUCGUCGUUUGCCUAUAAUGUUGCUUUUGUACCGUUGGAUACCAGCUAUAAAGACUUAUCGAGAAGCGGUAUUUAGCGGCUGGUUUGGCCCAAUAGGAAUUAGUUCUAUAUUUUAUGCAAGCUUCACUGACGAAUUUCUUGCUAAGCAUGGAGGUAGCGAACGUUCUCGAGAAUUGGUAUUACCUGUUGUUUAUUUCAUUGUAUGCACGAGUAUUUUAGUGCAUGGUUGUACGAUUCCAGUCUUCAAAAUCAGUCAAAGAAUCAAUACUCGAACAUUAACAACGACUAGUUUCACUAAUCAAGUUUCGCGAUUGCCAAUUCUUCGAUUUGGACAAGAAUUGAGAUUCUCUGCUCCGAAAACUCAGCAAGAAACUAGCCCCACAAAAGAUGUAGUAAUCCCGGAGGAGCCAUCUGAUUCAACUACCACAAUUGCCACAAGUCAUAGUGGUCAAAAAGUUGUUAGUGAGACCAGCAGCACAGAUGACAAAAAACAAACAGAGGAUUCUGGUGGCGAAAGAACUCCUCAGCUUCCUCAACCUGUUGUUUCUCCUAGCACUACUGAUAAUAAUACAUUAGAAACAAUUAUUAGAGUUAUUCCACGAGAUCCUCAAGCUCAAGCGAGAAUUCUUCCUCCUUCAGAGGAAAACAGAUGGUAUUCCAUCAUUCGAUAUUUAUUUGGUAGUCAUCAUUCUUCACACGAACAACCACAACAACCAUCAGAUCAUGAAAAAAAAUGA